AUGGAGAAAACUGUUUCUAGGAUUUGCCAUUCUCCAUUGGACGUUCUUGUUGAUGAACCCGAAUUAGGCUCCCAGGCUGUUUUGGAUUGGUAUAUGUUUGGUGAAGCAGAGGGUAACAACUGUUACAGGAGUACUUACAAGAAGUCAGAUGUGAAAGAAAAGGCAAAGAAGCAUCUUUUGGCAAUGGGUUGGAAGUUUUGGUAUGGUCAGAAAGGAUCAAGGCGUGAGUUACGGUAUACUUCACCCAAUGGCAAGUGUUUUUACUCGCUUCGAAUGGCAUGUAAAGGCUAUUUUGAUCAACAAGGAGGAGUUUCUCAGAGUACUAUAGUUGGGUCAAAGAAGACUGAUCAGUGUGUUUCUUCUAAUUCUCUUGCCACAACUGAUGGUCUUGCUUCUACUUCUUGCCAAAUGGUUGUUUCUGAUUCUCUGUCAGAAACUGAGACUUUUACUUCUGGUUCUGUUUGUGAAACGGUUGUUGCUUCUAAUUCUCCUUCCACAAUUGAGACUCUUGCUUCUAGUUCUUCUUGCCAAAGGGUUGUUUCUGAUCCUCUCUCAAUAACUGACACUGUUGCUUGUGAUUCGGUUUGUGAAAAGGAUGCUUCUGAUAGUUGUAAACCUGUGCAAUCUAUUAAUGUGGGUGGUGAAGUUCAGGGUGAGUUUGCGACCGGCAAACACAAAAGAAAAAGGGUCGCUUCUUUUUGUAAACCUAUUAAAUUUAUUCCUGUGGGUGACGAAGUUAAAGGUGAUUUAGCCGCCAGCAACCACAAAAGAAAAGGGGGAAAGGUAUUGGCAGAUUUGGAGAGAAAAAGAGAUCAUUCAAGAGUUGCUAAGUUGAGCCGUGUGGCCAAAACAAACAGAAUAGUAAGGAACGCAGUAAUUCCCAAUUCCUCAAACCGCAAUCCUCGAACAGUGUUAUCUUGGUUUAUAGACAACAAUGUGGUGUUGCCUAGGGCAAGAGUAUAUUACCGUGGUAAAAAUGGUGGUCCUCCAUUGAAACAGGGGUACAUUACUCGUGAUGGGAUUGAGUGUGAUUGUUGCUCUAAGUUGUUUCAACUCACUGCUUUUGAAGCUCAUGCUGGUAGUACAAAUCACAGACCGGCUGCCAAUAUUCUACUAGAAGAUGGGAGGUCUCUUAUGGAUUGCCAAAAUCAUGCCAAAAAUAGUAAUGAGGACAAAUGCCUCACAACAAAUUUACAAGCGAAUGAUGAUAUAUGCUCUGUUUGCCACUAUGGGGGUGACUUAAUACUAUGUGAUCAGUGUCCAUCCUCAUUCCACAAGGAUUGCCUUGGUUUGCAGGAUGUUCCAAGUGGUGAUUGGUUUUGCCCUUCAUGUUGUUGUGGAAUUUGUAGUCACGGAAAAUUUCAAGAAGAAAAUGGAAAUCCCAUGGAUAAUUGUUCCAUGACUUGCAAGCAAUGCAUGCAUAAAUUUCACAUUGGGUGCCUAAAGAGUAAAGGGGUGGUGAACUUGGAAAGUUAUGAUAAAGAUCAUUGGUUUUGUGGCAGAAAGUGUGAAGACAUAUUUUUAGGCCUCAGCAAGCUGUUAGGAAAACCAAUUCCAGUGGGUGUUGAUAAUUUGACUUGGACACUAUUUAAGUCUAAUUCUGAAAGUGAUGCUCCUGAUAUUGAGGCCUCGACAGAGACCUACAGCAAGCUCAGUGUUGCUCUAAGUGUGAUGCGUGAGUGUUUUGAUCCUGUCAAAGACCCUCUUACCAACAGAGACCUUGUUGAAGAUUUAAUUUUCAGUAGAGGGUCAGAGCUUAAACGAAUGAACUUCAGAGGAUUCUACACAGUGCUAUUAGAGAGAAAUGAAGAACUAAUAACUGUGGCUACUGUAAGGAUUCAUGGAGAGAAGGUGGCAGAAGUACCUCUUGUUGGCACCAGGUAUCAAUAUCGCAGGUGUGGAAUGUGCCAAACUCUGAUGAAUGAGCUUGAAAAGCAGCUAAUGGUUCUUGGAGUGGAGAAGCUAAUUUUGCCAGCUGCUCAGGGUGUGCUGAAGACAUGGACAACUUCAUUUAGGUUCUCAGAGAUGACAGAUUUUGAGAGAUCACAGUUACUUGAUUAUACUUUCCUGGAUUUCCAAGAUACCAUCAUGUGUCAGAAAUUCUUAAUGAAGAACCCUGGAGCAGAAAUUGUGGACCAAGGACUUGUCGAUAGUGUUGCGAGCCAUGGCAAAUCCAAUUCAGAGUGUUUGGUUGAAGAAGCCAAUUUUCAGAAGGCGAGCAGUAGCAACAGUAGAGAUUAUUCCAAGUUCUAUAAGAGGAGGAAGAUAUCAGCCUGUGAGAGCCAAAGCAUUGGUUAUUCAAUUGAUACAGGAGAAGAAAGAUUUGAGCCUUUGAGGCCCGAGUUCCAUUCAAUGACGCAUUCAGUAGAUAUCUUGAGCCCGUAUUUAAUAUUGUUCUAGCAUCUUGAAUAUAUUUUAAUGAGCUAUGUAAAUUUUUUUUUACC